AGGUAGUGAGCGAGAUAGCGCUGGAGAAUGUGAUCGUGUGGCUGAAUGCUGUCGUGCUAGCACUUGUAGUCUUGAAACGUGUGCUCUUUGGGGCUGUGAUGAAGUACGGGCUGCCGAACCGAAUGUAUACGUAGGAGCUCAGAAAUUACCUGUUGAUACCGUGAAAACUUGUAAAUUUCAAUCAGAAGGACCGACAGACGCUUCAAGCCAGGUAACUCUUGGCUGCCGGAAGUAAGAUUUUUAAGAUAUUUUGCAUCUGACUCGGGGAAACAGUGGAAAGUAUCCUCGCAAAAUUCCAAGUUCAGGUGUUUUCCCAUCCGUAGAACGUUUCAAAGCGCAAUCAUUUCGGGUUUUUCCGGUUUUAUUGUGAAUUUAUUGAAGACAGAUUUGUUCGUGGCGAAGUGGCUCGGUGUCCCAGUGGUUGCAGCGGUGUCGCCCCCCAGGACCUUUCCAUAAAAUAUUUUGGGAAGUGUUUGUGUCUGUGAAACAUUGAAAACGUGAGUUAUCGAAAUUCUAAACAUAAAACGCAACAUAGAAACCAAGAACGACGGUAGCAAUCGACAGAAUUAACAGCGGCACAAUCACAGCAGCUGCGGACCAGGUAGCAAUCAUCCGAAGAACGACACAGGUUGCAGUGGAAAUCGAGAAGGCGAACGCAGGCGCCGCGCGCUAGCCGCCAAUUCAUCACCUUUCGACAGCGGAAUUCAACUGCCAUUUGAAAAUAUGUCGAAAACUGAAAACGAUCAAGACUCCCAGGUCAUCCUCGAACAGAAGCUAUCACAAGAGCAUCGAUUAUGUCAUAUGGUCAAACGACCCGAUUUCGAUGGUUACGGCUUCAAUUUGCACUCUGAGAAAGGCAAACCGGGUCAGUAUAUCGGCAAAGUUGACGAAAAAUCCCCUGCGGAACAUUCAGGUUUACGACAGGGUGAUCGAAUAAUCGAAGUGAAUGGGGUGAAUAUCGGUAGUGAAAGUCAUAAGCAAGUGGUCCAACGGAUCAAGGCAAUUGAGAAUGAAGUACGAUUGCUAGUCAUCGAUCCUGAAGUUGAGGUACGUUUGAAACAACAACACCAGAAGGACCAGGAGGCCAGUCUCAAGCAAGGUUCAACAGCUCAAAACAACAAUAACAAUUCGAAAAAUUCAUCACCAACAUCAUCAUUGAAAAUGCAACAGAUGAACAAUAAUCGAACAUCGAUUUCAACAGCAUCAUCAAUGGAAUCAUCAUCGAAUGGUCAGGAUACAGCCACACUAACAGCUACGCCGUCACCUUCACCGCCACCAAAACAGUCCGAUUCAAGCUCUACACAUAACGGCACCUCAAAUACUAGUAACGGUACCACAAAAAUGUCCAACUCAUCAACAGAAGCCGGAUCAACAUCAUCAUCCACUUCGGGUGGACUAAAUUUAAAAAUGACCGCAGCUGAAAUGCGGGCUAAGUUGCAGGCCCGAAAAAAAUAUGAUCCCAAAAAUGAUUCAGUGGAUUUACGGAAGAAAUUCGAUAUUAUCCAGAAAUUAUGAGAGAAUCAUCUAUCAGGGAGUGAGUCUACCUAUUCAAUUCGAAAAUUAUCCCCAAAAACAAUCAAGUGCGCAUGGAAAAUUGGUGAAAAUAAAUUUAAAAAAAAAAAAGAAAUUAUACAAGGACAAUUUUCGCUGGACAAAAGUGGAAUUAAUUGGAAAAUAAAAGGAAAAACGCUUGAGAAAAUAUUAUAUCUAAAAACCUAAGACAAUAAAUUCAUUUAUUGAAAAUUUGUUCAUCCAGAACAAACACUAUUUUAUGUAUUUUUGUUUUUCUUUUAUUUGUUUUUAUUUUAUAUUUCGGCUGUCCAGAGUUUUCAUUGCCUCCAUCUUACAAUCAUUCCUUUUUUCUUCAAUUUCCAGGGGAGUAAAUAUAAUAAAAAUGUAAUCGUAAAUUACCAACUGAAAAAAUACCUACCUAAAUAUAUAAAUAUAUAUAAUACAUAUAAAUACGACAAAAGAAAAAAAAUAUAUAACUAUUGAAGGAAGUUAUUGCCAUUAUAUUGUACAUCGUGCCAAAUUUUCAAAUUUUUAUUAAUUUUCUGAAAAUUCACCAGAGAACAGCUUCCACAUUGACUUAUAUAGACAAUACGGGAUACAAAUGAAUCUAUCUAUUAAAUAAAAUUAAAUUAAAUGAAAAGCUUUCAAUCGAAAACAUUCACAGGAAAGAUAUAUAUACGAACAUAUAAAUAUGAUUGUAUCGAUAUGUACUUAAAUGGAAAACAGUCAAAUUUAACGUACUUAAGCAUGAAAAAAAUUGUUAAAAUUAUUAUAAAAAUGCAAAUUUAAUUGUAAUGACAUCACAAAACUACAUAUAUCAUUAUGAAUAGAGUAUUCUAGCAAAGAAGUAGAGGCAACCUUUGUAUCUGAAAUCUGAAAUAUAAAAUCUUUAAAAAAAAAAGCCUUAAACUAGAUGAAAGCACAACCAGUUUAGUAUCCAAGAUAUUCCGUUUUAUUGUUUGGUUUUUGUUGUUUCGCGUUGUUAGGAUCUAUAUUUUAGAUAUAGUGUGAAAAUCUUCUCAGAAAAUUAUGCUAAAAUGAAUAUUAGUUCUCAAUAAAUUCUGAAAUAUCUGUAAAUACA